CGUAUCAUGUACGAUUACACAUAAUGUACUAUGAAUGUAACCACGCACCAUUAAAAAUGGCGGAGGUGGAAGACCUGAUCGUCCGAUACAACAUUGAAAACAACCCCAACUACACCAUGAACCUGGCUCUAUUUACGGACGUCACAAAUAGCAGUGAGCUUCGGCAACUGAUCGUCCAAGGAAAACUAGAAGCUGCCCUUUUAAACGCGUGCAUGGUCACAGAUCCAUUUCAUGUUGUUAUAGCUGGUCACAAAGCUUUUCAACUGUUUCAACAGGGAAAGAUGAAGACUAGAACCCUUCACUCAGAAAUUAUCUUCAACUUAUCACCCUCUACCAAUAUAAAUGAAUCUUUCAAGAAGUUCGGAAUACUUGACAACACAAGCAAUGUGUUAUUGGUGAUGAUUACACAAGAAGAUGCAGUUGAAAAGGUAGGAGUGGUUAUUGCGUUUAAUAACACUUUUGCUCGUUAUGGCAUUUAUUGUACUAACAGAACAUUGAACAGAUUGUCCAUUGUGACUGGUUCUUAACUAUUAUAAUUUAAAGGUGUGUUCUGUUAUAUUGUAAGUUUUGUGACGCAGAUUGUUCUGCGCAUGUGCAACAUUGUUCACAUGAGAGUUGUGCUCUAUAUGGUCAAGUCGUGCUUUACUGUGAAUACUUCAAUAAUUGACCAACUAUAACAUCUGGCGAUUAAGAUGGGAUGAUUCAGAAAAAGGUAAAGGAUCCAAGACACUCAGAUCAUGCUGCCAAUGAAUCCUUUCCCAGAUUGGACUCACCAAAUUCUUCGAUGCACCAUAAUCUGACUGAUCUUGGAUCAAUGAUCCUCAGUUUGGAUCAUCUCAGAGGAACACACCCUAAAAGAGUGCUGGCUCAAAGGUUCAAUAAUUUAAUGCGGACCACAAUGCCAACCCCCCUUGCCAUUAAAAAUGGAUAAAGUCCGCAUACAAGCCAAGUGGCCCAUCAGGCCAGAGCUUAUCCCAGUUUCUGUGGUAUGAAGCGA